AUGAUGAGGAUUGAUGAUGAAGAUGAUGAUGAUGAUGAUGACGAAGACGAUGAUGGUUAUUAUGAAGAUGACGAUGAUGAUGACAUUGAUGAGGAUGAAGAUGAUGAAGAAGAUGAUGAUGAUGACGAUGAUAGUGAUGAUGAUGAUGAUGAUGAUGAUGAUGAUGAUGACGAUGAUGAUGACAGAGAUGAUGGCGAUCACGAUGAUGAUAACGAUGAUAAUGAUGAUGACGAUGAUAAUGAUGAUGACGAUGAUGAUGACGUUGAGGACGACGAUUACAAUGACGAUGUUAAUGAUGAUGAUAAUGGCGAUGAUGAUGACAUUGAUGAUGACGAUGACGAUGGAGAAGAUGAUGAAGAUGAUGAUGACGAUGAUGAUGACGAUGCCGGUGACGAUGACGGUGAUAGUAACAAUGACGAUGCUGAUGACGAUGAUGAUGAUGACGAUGACGAGGUUGAUGACGAUGUUAAUGAUGAGGAUUAUGAUGAUGAAGAAGAUGAUGAUGAUGAUGACGAAGAUGAUGAUGAUGAUGAUGACGAAGACGAUGAUGGUUAUUAUGAAGAUGACGAUGAUGAUGACAUUGAUAACGAUGAAGAUGAUGAUAAUGAUGACGAUGACGACGAUGAUAGCGAUGAUGGUGAUGAUGAUGACGAUGAUGAUGACAGUGAUGAUGACGAUCACGAUGAUGAUAACGAUGAUAAUGAUGAUGACGUUGAGGACGACGAUUACCAUGACGAUGUUAAUGAUUAUGAUGAUGACGAUGAUGAUGACAUUGAUGAUGACGAUGACGAUGACGAUGACGAAGAUGAUGACGAUGAUGAUGAUAAUGAUGUUGACGAUGACGGUGAUUAUGACGAUGACGAUGAUGAUGACGUUGAUCAUGAUGAUGACGAUGAUGAAGACGUUGAGGACGACGAUUACAGUGACGAUGUUAAUGAUGAUGAUGACGAUGAUGAUGAAGAUGACGAUGACGAUGAUGAUGACGAUGAAGAUGACAAUGACGAUAACGAUGAUAAUAACGAUGACAAUGACAAUGUCGAUGAUGAUGACGAUGAUGAUGACGGUGAUGACAACGAUGAUAGUGAUGAUGAUGACGAAUACGAUGAUGGUAAUGAUGACAAUUACUAUGAUGAUGACAUUGAUGAUGAUGAUGACUUGUAA